AUGGAUUCGUCGCGUUCCGAGUGUCCGAUCUGUCAUAAAGAGAUGACCAAGUAUAAUGUCCGUCCUCAUUUGCGCACUGUACACAACCUUUCCCCUGGAAGAGCUGGAGAACUUAUGGCGCAGAAGAAAAAGACAGAAUUAGAAAGUCAGGGAAAGCAAGCGGAGAUGUGCAACGAGUGCGGAGCUGCUUUUUCCACGAGAAGAGGACUGACAAUACACUUGAACUCCAAGCAUCGCGGAACGGUUGAUGUUGCUAGGACUGCAGAACAGGAAAGUCACACUCCAACUUUGAAGUGUUGCCUUUGUGAAGGCGCUUUCAAAACGCAAGAAGAACUCAGUCAGCACUGUGGUAGGGAACACACCGAAGACUCUGAAAGACCUCAAGAUUAUACAGUGCAUAGGAUGUCCUUUCCCAAGUUCGGAAGAAUACAAGGAAUGGUUUGGAAGAAUGUGAUAUUUGAGAAAAUGGAUUCGUCGCGUUCCGAGUGUCCGAUCUGUCAUAAAGAGAUGACCAAGUAUAAUGUCCGUCCUCAUUUGCGCACUGUACACAACCUUUCCCCUGGAAGAGCUGGAGAACUUAUGGCGCAGAAGAAAAAGACAGAAUUAGAAAGUCAGGGAAAGCAAGCGGAGAUGUGCAACGAGUGCGGAGCUGCUUUUUCCACGAGAAGAGGACUGACAAUACACUUGAACUCCAAGCAUCGCGGAACGGUUGAUGUUGCUAGGACUGCAGAACAGGAAAGUCACACUCCAACUUUGAAGUGUUGCCUUUGUGAAGGCGCUUUCAAAACGCAAGAAGAACUCAGUCAGCACUGUGGUAGGGAACACACCGAAGACUCUGAAAGACCUCAAGAUUAUACAGUGCAUAGGAUGUCCUUUUCAAGUUCGGAAGAAUACAAGGAAUGGUUUGGAAGAAUGUGUGAGGUGCACUGCAGUUCAUUUUUCUGCAGGUCAAGUGGAGCUAACCAGAAGAAACUGUUUAUGAGGUCUGAUAAUUCAUACAUUCUAGACGAUACUGUUUCCGUGGUAGCAUGCUUUGGUCACAUUGGGCACGACCUCGAUCCGGCCCUACUUCGGUGGACUGACGAUCAAAUAGAGUAUCUGAAGCUCAUGCUACAAGAGUUUUCAACAGAUUACAUAGUACACAAAAUGAGGAAGGAUCACGAAUCCAAAGACUCUAAGUUGUACUUCAUAACAAAAAGAGAUCUCUGGAAUAUUAUGGCUAAGUACAACCUAAACCCCGGACAGCGCGAUAGAGAUGAUCUCACAUCUCUGAGAAUGAGGGAGGAAGAAAGUAAUCCCGAUGACGGGAUACGUUUCUUCAAAAUGCCGGACGAUCCAACUGGAAAAGGUUUUGUACUGGUCAUCAUCACGCCUCUCCAGCAGAAGUGGCUGGAACAGUAUGGCCAUAGGGGCAUCUCGGUCGACGACACUCACAACGUCACCAGAUAUGCCUUGAAGUUGGCAACUGUGAUGGUUGUUGACGAGCGUGACCGGGGCCUACCCGCAGGACCCGAAAAAAUCAAGCAAUGGGCUGCGUUUGAACGAAGGGGUGUUGUAAUGAGCACAUCCAUGUUUGGAGAGAGAUGGCACCUUCGAAUUAAACAAGAGAAGCUCAAAAGGAAGGCAAAUGCAAGAGUAGACUACGUAGCGGAUGUCUUGAUUAAGGCCGUAGAAGAAUUGGCGGUAGAGUUCGAGAUAACGGACCGUAGACAGCUCAGCUCGUCGUUCCGUGUGAGAGAAAACAACGUGCAGCACAGGCUCGCGGUUCAGCUGUACAAGGGGAACAUGGACAGCAUUCACAAGAUCGGGGACAUGACAUGGAAUGUAGAUGCUACAACAACGGAUACGGUGUACCGCGUCGAAUUUGAUGAGCCGUGCACUUGUCCUGUUCAGGCCAACACUCACUGCGCUCGAUGCCAUGUAUGCCCAUAUACAGCCUCCUGUUCAUGCAGAGCUGGAGCCCUCGCUGGAGUAGCAUGUGCACACAGCCAUGCGGUGAAACUCUACGGAAGCGAGCCUGUUAUGGAGCCACCUGUCUACCUUUCACUGGAAAGUGAACCACGAGAACUUGAGCUCCGACACACUGAAAGAGAGCUCAGGCCUCUCCGUGACGCAUCAGAAAUUUCAAAUACGAUGGAACGAUUCCAGAGCUAUGCCUUGAUCAAUGCGAAGGUUAACGCGCUAGUCAGGCAAGGUAACGACAGCGCUCUCGAAAGUCUCUCAAUGAUCGCGGAGCGCAUGAGCAUACUGGCCAAUGACAUCAAUGUGCCGCUCAGAGGCGUGGCACUGAUAGCGAGACCUGAUGUGCCGCUUACUGGAGGCAGACCGCAGUUAGAAAGACAAGAAUUGUAUACGGUGCGUUUGGGCUUUGCGUUCGCACUCAACAUACCUUGUAGCAUACAGUUGCAGAGAGCCCGCAUCCGGAAACAAUUCUUGUCUUUCUAA